AUGCGUAGCGCUGCUAAUAAUCUUGGCGGUACUAAGGCAUGUCAUUUACGAGAGUUGUUUACAAUUGGCUUCAGUGGCUCACGUCAAACUGGGAAAACUCGCUGGUUAAUUGAGUAUACUAUACGUAACCCUAACGUUCUAGUUGUGGUAAUCAAUUUAUAUUUCAAACGUGCUUUGCUACAGUACGCAACAGCUUACGACAAUCUUAAAGAUGGUCUGGUCGUCGGACGUGCGCCAGUGUCAUUUGAAACCAGCAAUGAGGUGAUCGAAUCUAAUGCCGGCAUUCAAGGUACUGUGUCGUUCAGCAGCCUCAUUUGA